AUGCCCAACCGAAUCCUUACACCGCUACUAACCCCCACCGUUGAGCUGCCGCACUUCACGGAAAACCAAACCUCUGUGCUCUCCCUGAUCGGUCAAUUUGGUUUCCUCUGGGCUGCUGUUGUUGGAAUCGGGUGUAUGACGAUUCGACAAGUUCGCCCGUCGGCGAGUACCUCUGACCAGCUUACGUUUGUGUGGAUGUGUCUGACUGGAUUUGUCCACCUCUUCUUCGAAUCCUACUUCGUCGUCAACCAUGUCUCUCUCGCCGGAUCGCAGGAGCUUUUCGGCCAGCUGUGGAAGGAAUACUCCCUCUCCGACUCGCGGUAUCUAAUUUCGGAUUCGUUCCUCGUCCCUAUGGAAGCUGUUACUGCUUUUGCCUGGGGGCCCCUCGCCUUCUUCAUUGCUUACUGCAUCGCGGUGCAACACCCCGUCCGCCAUGCCCUCCAGCUGAUCAUGUCAGUGGGCCAGGUCUACGGCGAUGUGCUCUACUAUGCGACCAGCCUGUUUGAUCUGUAUUUCCACGGUGGGGACUUCUGCCGUCCGGAGGGAUACUACUUUUGGUUUUAUUAUUUCUUUUUCAACGCCAUUUGGAUUGUGGUUGGGUCUUAUUAUGCGUCGCAGAGUGCUAUGGAGAUCACACGGGCGUUUAGGUUGUUGGGUGAGCUAACCAGAGGUAAGAAGGGAAACUAG